AUGGCUGCCAGGGACUCCCAGGGCAACGGCGGCGACGCUCGAGCGGCCAGGGAGGCUACCACCCGCCCGGACGCUAGGGACGUGGACACAGCGGCGAACAACGACCUGGCCCCCCUGGAGGAGGUUGGGGCGAGAGGCCGCGCAGACGCCAACGCUGCCCGUGGACGCGUCUACGACCCCCGUCACUCGCGCAGCGCCAGCUUCAGCCCCCACGUCCCCCAGCAGGCCACCCAGGUGGGGUACCAGCCCCCACGCCAAGCCCGGGGACUGUCCCGCUCCCGCAGUGCGGCGUCGGGGGUGCCGGAGCACGUGGCCCUGCGGCUGCUGACGGGCGGUCCCUUCUGGGACGCCGUGGCCUCCGGCGCGGCGCCCUCGGCAUUCGAGGGGCUCCUCCGGGCCACUGCGGAUCCCUUCCAGGGACUGGGAAGGGAGAACAGCAACGGAUCCAGCCGGAGCAGCGCCUCGGCCGACGGGGCGGGCGGCCGGGGGGGUGAGGGGGAGGGCGGCUUCGACCAGGCGCGCACCACGGGCGCGUCAGCCGGGGCGUGUGGCGACCUCAGCUACAUCGUCAGCUGA